AUGCAAACUUAUAUUAUAAACCAGGAAAAGAAAAUCAAGUUGCAGAUGCGCUAUCAAGUCCACAGUAGCGGUAGUUCGCCGGGUGAUACAAUAGCUGGCAAUAGUCACUAUAGUACACAGAUACCGGCGGUGGCAGCGGUGGAUAAUGGACCACCGAGUAUACAUCAGCAAAAAGCCCCGGCGGCGGUUCAUCAUGCUGGACAGCAGCAGGCGCAGCAUCAACACCAGCAGCAACAGCAUCAUCAUCCGCAACAAUACCAACAUCAGUAUUCUUCCCAUGGCAUAGGUGGCGGCGGUAUACCACAUCAUCAGCAUCCAUCACAGGCGGCUGUGAUAAAUAGCCAACAACAACAACAGCAACAUCAACCGGCUGUGUAUCAUCAGCAGCCCUCACACAGUGGUCAUGCUGAACCUAAAAAUACCUACAAUUUGUUAAGCGAAGCCAUGUCACAGGCUGUUAGUAAUGAAUUUAGCUCUCUAGGAGGAAGUGGUUCUGCCGAUGGUGCUUGCCAUGCUGAUGAUAUCGAUUGUUAUAAUGUUCAAGAUCGUUUGGGCAUGGAAGCCAUUAGAACUUUACAUCAACAGUUGGACGACGAUGAUAAUGGCAAUAUCGAUUUGAGUGAAUCGGAUGAUUUCUUGCGCGAGGAAUUAAAAUACGACUCUGGCUAUGAGAAGCGUCAAAAAGCUUUCCAUUUCAAUGAUGAUAUGCAUAUUUCUGUUAAGGAGUUAUGGGAAGCAUGGUUGAGAUCUGAGGUUCAUAAUUGGACCAUUGAACAAACUACCGAUUGGUUGGCUCAAUCAGUGCAAUUGCCGCAAUAUGUGGAACUAUUUAAGCAACAUAAAGUAUCGGGAGCAGCCUUGCCAAGAUUGGCUGUUAACAAUAUGCACUAUGUUAGUAAUGUAUUGGGCAUUAAGGAUCCCAUACAUAAACAAAAAAUUGCUCUUAAAGCUAUGGAUGUGGUACUAUUUGGACCACCAAGAGAGACUGGUACUCGCUGGAAGGAUUAUAUAUUAGUUACAUUACUGUUAAGUGCUAUAAUAGGUUGCUGGUAUGCCUAUCAACAAAAUAAAAACGCCAAAAGACAUUUGCGACGUAUGGCCCAGGACAUGGAGGGUUUACAAAGGGCCGAACAAAGUUUACAAGAAAUGCAAAAGGAAUUGGAACGGGCACGGCUAGAGCAAGAAAAUGUUGCCACGGAAAAAAUGGAUUUAGAGCGUCGCCUUAAAGAAGUACCCACCUUAACAUCUUCCAAUUCCGAUUUGGAAGUACAACAGCUGAAAAAAGAAAUUGAAAUGUUGCGCACCGAACUAUCACGUGCCGAAAUUGAAUUGGUCGACAAUUGUUGGGCCCCACCACCCCAACUGCAGUCAUGGCUGCAAUAUACAUAUGAAUUGGAAAGUAAAAAUCAUUUGAAAAAACGUGUUGCCGCCGAAAAACAAUUACAAUCUGCCCGUGAAGCUUGUGAGAAAUUGCGUAAGAAACGUUCUAGUUUAGUGGGUGCUUUUGUCUCGACACAUGGCAAGAGUAUAGAUGAUGUUGAUCGUUCUAUCGUUGAGGCCCGCAACUCUUUGGGCGAGGUAACAAAUGAAUUGCAAGAACGACUACACAGAUGGAAACAAAUUGAACAGUGCCUAGGCAUGAAUAUUGUCAACAACAAUGGUUUAUCGUACUUGGAAAGUGUUUUAUAUGGCCGCAAUGGUGGUGGUUCUUCUAUUAAAAGUUCGAGAGGUCGUAUUACAAGCAGCUCAGAUGAAUUAGAUGAUGAAUCUGUUCAAGAAAUUUUAUAUAUUUAUCCAGGUAUUAUCGAUGGUUAUAAUCGUAAUUCGGCCCUCAGUGGAUCUGCCAUUUUGAAUAGUAGUUCGAAUACCGCACGUGAUGAAUCAUCGGGCAGUGAAGAUAAUGUGGAAUCUCAAUCUGUGCAAUUUUAUUUGGGUACAGCACCGACGGCAACCAUAAGUGCCAGUGCCAUAACAACAUCGGCAAUGUCUCAACGAACCCCAUUGCCAACACCAUCGCCAUUAGAUGCGUACAAUCAUAUUGGUGGUGGGGUUGUGACCAGCAAUCAUGCUGCGAAUAUUGUAAAUUCGAGUAAUGCUGCAGCGGCUGCAACAUCGGCAUCAUAUAAUGACAGUAUAAUUAUUUCGACGUUUAGUGUUUUUAUGAUACAUGACGGUAAUCGUCACAGUCCCUCAGUAUCAUCCGAACGUUCAGAUCGUUCAUCGAUUACAGUACCACCGCGUACUAAAAAAGUCAAUCAUAGUAAUGUGUCAUUGUCGUUGACGACAACGACCGCGGUGACAAAUGCAACGACUAGUAGUCACAUUAAUACACCAAUACAACCGGCGACACCACCAUCAAGUGGUGGUGGUAGUAAUCCUCCUCUAGGUGGAGGUGGUCGUGCACCAAUACCUCCACCACGAAGAUCAAACCAAAGCCCUCUAUUAAGAUCGCAAAGUUCGGAUUUAAUGGCAGCCAAAGAUAUUUAUACCCUAUUGGGAAGAACACAACCACCUAACAACAACAUUCAACAAACUUUAAAUAAAACCAACAAUAGCAAUAUCAACAACAACAAUACCGGACCAAUAACUGUAGGCGGAGUAGCCACAGCAACGGUUGGCGGCAAAUCUGUAACCGCUGGUGGUAAUAAAACAAAGAAAAUGGUUAAACAGCACAGCACCGCAAGUCAACAGUCUACCUCAUCGACAUCAUCAUCAGUGCAAUCAGCACCAGAACAGGGGGCCAGUAGCGGCAGCAAACAACAAUCGCCCAGUCGUUUUUCAACCGCCUCGCUGGAACGACAACUAAUGCAACAGCAUCAUUUGCUAUCGCAAAUCAAUAAGCCACCCAAAUCAGUAACACCGAUGACAUUUCCUAGCGUCGAUAGAGAUUUCCUAUCAUCCGUGUCAACUCUUCAAUCGGCCGGGAGUUUAAAAUCGGAAGAUUUAAUGUUGGCCUCACACAUAACGGAUUCAAUGACAAAUAUUUCGGAUGCGACUUAUCACAGCGAUACGCAACUAAAUAAAUCGGAAGAGAAUGCUGCGGCAGCCGCUGUAGGUGAUGGUGGUGGCAAUGUUAAGAAACGUAAAAAAGGUUUACGUUUUGGAUUCGGUAGUAAGAAAAGUAUUUCAAGUUCUUCGGAUACUAGCACAAAAUCAAAAAAUACAUAGUUAAAUAUGGCGGCAAUGCAUAAAGUAUUUACAAAAUAUUUAUAUAGCAUG